AUGGUGUAUUGCUUUGUCUACGUAAGUAUUGGUCGCUCUGUGUGCUCAAAAGAAAGUAGUCCAUUUAUGUUAAUGAUUCGUGAUGAUAUUGAAAAGGAGGAUGCUUUCCAAGGCCUAUGCGCAAUAGUCCGAGCAAAUCCUUCAAGAGCUUUAAGUUCACUUGUACUCAUGUGCAAAGCUAUUGUAAAUUGGCAUCACAUAAAAAUAGGAAAUAAGGAGCAAAGAGCUACACAACACAAUGAUCUUUGUCAGGUGUUGCAUGGUUAUAAACAGGUGGGGAAAUCCCAUUAUCUUCUUCUUGAGGGAGGCCUUACAUAUGAUGCAAUUAGGGAGUCUCUUGCAAAGUCCACUGUUUCUCUUAGGGAUGGUGAUGUUGAGCUAUUGGAAUUUCUUAAGUUAACAUGUUUCAAGAAGGUUAAUCACGUGAACUACCUGUUUCCUCUACAAUUUACAGGAGAGGCACAUUUUUGUUCUCAUAUUUUCAAUAAAUAUCACAGAGGAGGCAGAAACAUUCGCAGGUCUUUUAAAUAUGUCAAAGGUAUCUCAAAUAUAAUGGUAUUUUACAAUGACGGUCGCCUCAUUUCUUUUAAAGACUGGCGUACAAAAAUUUAUGCUAUAAAUUUCCACAAGCUGCUUGGAGCAUUAUGUAUUUCUCAAAGAUUAAAAAAUCAGGAAUCUACCAGCUAUUUGGAGAUAUGCGGGAGAUUGAAAAAUGGGUUUGCUUGUAUCUACUACUUUGAGAUUUAGUUAUUUUUUUAAUCUUUGGUUAUUGGGUAUUACUGUUGUGUCUCUACUUGUUUUUGUUUAAUGAUUAUAUGAUUUUCCAGGAUUCCAUUAUAUGGUGGAGCAAUAUGAAAACAUGGCACUCUAACUUCAAAUAGAAAGGUCUCUAUUUCCAAACCUUCCUGGCAUGUCUCCAAGAAAAAUAUCUCCAACACAAUCUUUUUUUCUUGCCGAUACAAUUGUC